AUGUCCAGCAGUGCCAUCAGCAAAGAACUGCAGAAAUUGGUGGGAUCCAGGUACACCCAUCUACUAUCCAGAGAAAUCUGGCCAGAAGUGGUCUUUGUGGAAGAAUUGUGCCCAAAAAGCCAUACCUCCAAAGUAGAAAUGAGACUGACAACUUCGAAGGGAACGGGAACUGGGGUGGAUAAAAAUGGCAGCAUAGCUCUGGACUGGAAUCAAAAUUUGAAAGAUGUGGCUUUUGCAGGGAGCAGUUUGCUAAAGAGCUGGAGAGCAAUAGUAGAACAUGAAAAAAUACCAUAUCAAAGAAGAGAUACAUGGUGGAGAGACUCACUAAAGCCAACCCCAAUCCCAGGGUUUUAUCCUGUACGAGAUUUUCUUGAAGAAGCUCAGUUGAACCCCGUGAAAGCAACCUAUAAUUUUAAAAGUGAAGGGAGAAAGAGAGCAUCCAUCUAUGAGCAACUACCUGAUUUGACCUUGCCAAAUACUUUCAUGUACUAUCCGCCUUCAUUUGUGGAACUGGCAGAGAAAAGACCUGCUACUUAUUCCUUUAAGAGUACUUCAAGGCAAAGCAACUAUCCAGUCAGCGGAGAUAAGAAUAUAAGCACGGAUCCUGGACAGUAUGAUCUUUUCCCUCGUCCAGUUCCGACUUUUCCUACUAAGAGUUAUAUGUUUCGAUCUGCAGUUCAAAGACAUCCCAUUUUUCCUCUGAAACAAGGUCCAGGCCCAGGGGAGUAUGAAAUAAAGUAUGACCCACCAGUUCCAAUACGAUCGUCCUUCGUAUCAAAAGUACCACGAAUAUUGCCAGCCCACACUGUGGUGGACACAAGGGCAUCUGUGGGGUAG